AUGUUUCCCAACCUGAACGACCGGCAAUCCGCCUUUCUCGAGAACAAGACACAGCGUCUACUGCGAGCCGUGGAGCGUGCGCGCUCCCAAUUUCUAGCGAAGUCGCGCUCGCAAAGCAGCGUGUGCGGCGCAACGUCGGGCUCGUAUCUCGACCGCCUGCCACUGGAGCUCAUCAUCAGCAUCUUCGGCUAUACGGAAUGGCGCGACGUGGUGCGAUUGCGGAUGGUGUGCAGUGCGUUUAAGGGGUUGGUGGACGCCCACGAGCAUGUCAUCGUAGGCACGAUGAUCCGGUUCGGAGGCGCGGAUAUGACGCUGCUCACGCAGCUAUUCCUCCCGCCGAAGGCUAGGGACCCGCAGCAGGGUAGGAAGCCGAACCUCAUGUACCUCCACUCGCUGGAACGACGGAACAGAACGUGUAGCGACCUGGCGUACAGCCUCGCUUCACGGGCAGAUAAGAAGGAUUUCGAGACGCGGAAGGAACAGGCGAUUGAACAUAUCCAGCGCCGACUACUAAGGCAGCUCUACUACGUCGAACACUUCCUGAUCAACACCCGGCUGUACCUCAGCUCGAACCUCGUCACCGUCGCCAGGGAGAAUACACAUGCCGAUGGUCCGCCGACGGCCGCGAUGCUGACGCAGAUCUACCGCGAAGUGCAGGAGUCGAUUGUUACGACGUGGUCGGACGGCGCGAUUAUCAGCACACACCACGCUUUCCACUUCCUCGUCAACACUGUCCGGCUGUCGCUAUCCCCCGAGCCGCCGCAUAAUACCAACGACGACACGGUGUCGGUGAUGCUGCGGUGUACGAAUCCACUGCAAAGGUGCAGCGAAUUCUUUGCUGCCGACUCCCCAGGAAGCCCGAGUCGUCUGCGUAAAAAGUUUAUGAUGGAUAUGCAGGAUGAGAAGGAGAAGGCUGAGUUGCUAGCAAGUGUGGUUUUUGGUGGGGAUAGAAAGGUCGGGAAGAGGAGGGCUAGUGGGAUGGUUAAGGAUCUACCAUGGGCUCCGAGGAUGGGAGAGGUUUGGUUCGAGGUGGCGAGGAAUGAACUUAGGAAGAGGGGACUCGAACAACAUGCCGCUGACGGCUUGUUCAGAUUUCCGGAAGUGCAGGGCGAGGUGAUGAUCGGGUGUCCUGGAUGCCAGGUUGUAACGUAG